AAGAAGAAGAAGUGCGGCGCAGGGGACUGAGAGGAGAACUGUGGUUACCUGUUUGAAGACGAUCCACUUUUUCUUCUUCUUGUCCCCUCGAUGCUAUCCACUGAUAGGUGGCUGAAAUUUGAGGACACGCCGACAAUCCGUUCCAUCUCGCUUCUGCCUCGAGUCUUUUGUGUGCACGUUGAAAUUUAGCCCCCUGCUUAAGUUAGCCUAGCCUAGUUUAGCUGCUUAUAAAGACAACGAACAACGCGCGCAACACAUCGUCGAGCAAGCAAACAUCAAGCCCCGAAAUGUCAGAUGUCAGCCAAGCUCAUCAUCCUGAGCACCAGGGGUCUGCGUGCAUCAAAGAGGAAGAAGAUUUACCAUACAUCAAGGAAGAGGAGGAGGAACAGUUGGUAUACAUUAAAGGUUUCGGAAAAUAUUGUGAUCCUGAGCAGCAGCAGCCAGAGUCUCUUGGCGUUAAAGAGGAGGUUGAGCUCCCCCAAAUCAAACAGGGGAAGCCAGAGCCCCUUCAACAGCAAGACAAAGAAGAGCAGCGUCCAAUCAAAAAGGAAGAGCUGCCAUACGUCAAUGAGGAUGAAGAUUUUACCAGGUCGACUGGCGAGCCCUUGAAGAGUAAAGAUGGUCCGAGUGAGGUUAGCAGAGUGGUAAAGCCUCCAAGGGGCAGCAGCAGGUCAACAGACGUAAUGCAGGCAGACAAUUUCAUAGCUCCACCAUCUGAUAGAAACGACGCCACAUCACACUCGCCUGACACUGAUGACGAUGGUCAUAAAGGUUCCAGUGACAACAAAUGCUGCAAAUGCUCUGAGUGUGGGAAAACCUUUGGUAAUAGGGGUACUUGUCUUGGCCAUAUGAGCAGAGACUCCGGUAAGAAAAUCUUUCCUUGCUCAGUUUGUGGUCAAAUAUGCAGUCACAAAAAUGCUUUAGAAGUACACACAAGAACCCACACGGGUGAAAAACCUUUUGCCUGUUCUGUGUGUGGUCAAAGAUUCACGAGGAAGGAAAGCUUGAAGAUACACACAAGAACACACACUGGAGAAAAACCAUUUUCCUGCUCGGAUUGUGGUCAAAGAUUCACUUGGAAGGAAAGCUUAAAAAUACACACAAAAACCCACACUGGUGAGAAACCUUUUGUAUGCGCAGUUUGUGGUCAAGGGUUCUCUACAAAACAAAACUUAAAAACCCACACAAGAACCCACACUGGAGAAAAACCCUUUUCCUGCUCAGUUUGUGGUCAAAGAUUCACUUGGCAGGAAAGCUUAAAAAUACACACAGGAACCCACAGUGGAAAAAAACCCUUUACCUGCUCAGUUUGUGGUCAAGGGUUCUCUACAAAGCAAAACUUAAAGACACACACCAAAACACACACUGGAGAAAAACCUUUUUCCUGCUCCGUUUGUGGUCAAAGAUUCGGUCAGAAGAAAGUCUUGAAAAUACACACAAGGACCCACACUGGAGAAAAACCUUUUUCCUGCUCAGUUUGUGGCCGAAGCUUCUCUAAAAAGGGAAACUUAAAAACGCACACAAGAACCCACACUGGUGAAAAACCUUUUUCUUGCUCAGUUUGUGGCCAAAGAUUUUCUUGGAAAUAUAAGGUAAAGAGGCAUGCGUGUGUUGGUGUGUGAAGCAGUGGCCAGUGACGGAUUUUCCUCUCAUCCAUGAUGGCUUCACCAGUUUGCAUGCAGGAUGAUUGUAUUCUGUGGGGCUUACCUGAUAAAGUGUUGACAUGACAUGAAAAAACAUGUUUAUUUCAUAUUACACGUGUUUAUGCUUUAGUUUCAUUUAAUUUUUCUUUUAUCCCAGGCAAUUAUUGUCUGGGAUAAAGGAAAAAUUCCACUAAUCUGUAAGUGUAGCAAAAAUUACCUUCAAAACAACUGUUAAAUGUCAUUUCUAAGUCUAUAAAGUUAGGAAAAUGUACACACACAUAAAGUACAACAGUUAAAAAAAAAACUGAUACACUGUAUCAAAUACAGUUUAUACAGUGCCACCACCUGGCACACUGCCGCUUUUGCUGGUUUUCCCACUUGCAAAGGUCUGUAAUUUGUAUCAUAAAUUCUCUUCAAUUGUGAGGGACGGAAUCUAAUACAAAAAAACAGAAUAUCAUGUUGUAUGAUUUUUAAAUAAUGAAUCUGCAUUUAAUUGCAUGAAAUAAGUAUUUGAUACGUCACAAAAAUCGAACUUAAUAAUUGGUACAGAAACCUUUGUUUGCUAUUACAGAUACCAAAUGUUUCCUGUAGUCCUUGACAAGGUUUGCAAACAAUGCAGCAGGGAUUUUGGCCCACUCCUCCAUGCAGAUCUUCUCCAGAGCCUUCAGGUUUCGGGGCUGCACGGACUUUCAGCUCCCUCCAUAGAUUUUCUAUCGGGUUCAGAUCUUGUGACUGGCUAGGCCACUCCAGGACCUUAAGAUGCUUCUUACGGAGCCACUCUUUAGUUGCCUUGGCUGUGUGCUUUAGGUCGUUGUCAUGCUGGAAGACCCAGCCACGACCCAUCUUCAGGGCUCUCACUGAAGGAAGGAGGGUGUCAGCCAAGAUCUGGCGAUACAUAGCCCCAUCCAUCCUCCCCUCAAUACGGUGCAGUCGUCCUGUACCCUUGGUAGAGAAGCAGCCCCAAAAAAUGAUGUUUCCUCCUCCAUAUUUCACGGUUGGGAUGGUGUUCUUGGGGUUGUAGUCAUCCUUUUUCCUCCAAACACGACGAGCCGAGUUUAGACCAAAAAGUUCCAUUUUGGUCUCAUCCGACUAAUUGACCUUCUCCCAUUGCUCCUCUGGAUCAUCCAGAUGGUCAGUGGCAAACUUCAGACGUGUCUGGACAUGCACUGGCUUCAGCAGCGGGACCUUGCGUGUGCUGUAGGAUUUUAAUCCAUGACGGCGUAAUGUGUUUCCAAUGGUUUUCUUCGAGACUGUUGUUCCAGCUCUCUUCAGGUCAUUGACAAGGUCCUGCCGUGUAGUUCUGGGCUGAUCCCUCACCUUCCUCAUGAUCAGUGAUGCCCCACGAGGUGAGAUCUUGCAUGGAGCCCCAGAAAGAGGCAGAUUGACCGUCAACUUGAACUUCUUCCAUUUUCUAAUAAUCGCUCCAGCAGUUGUUACCUUCUCACCAAGCUGCUUGCUUAUUUUGCUGUAGCCCAUCCCAGCCUUGUGCAGGUCUAUUAUUUUAUCCCUGAUGUCCUUACACAGCUCUUUGGUCUUGGCCAUUGUGGAGAGGUUAGUUUGUUUGUUUGAGCAUGUGAACAGGUGUCUUUUAUACAGGUAACAAGUUCAAACAGGUGCAGUUACUUCCGGUAAUGAGUGGAGAACAGGAGGGAUUCUUAAAAAAAAAAAAAACUAAGAGCCGAAAUAUUUACUAGUUGGUAAUGUAUCAAAUACUUAUUUCAUGCAGUUAAAUACAAAUUUAUUAUUCUAAAAUUAUACAAUGUGAUUUUCCGGAUUUUUGUAUUAGAUUCCAUCCCUCCCAGUUGAAGAGAACUUAUGAUACAAAUUAUAGACCUCUACAUGGCUUGCAAGUGGGAAAACCAGCAAAAUCGGCAGUGUAUCAAAUACUUGUUCUCCCCACUGUGUAUAUAUAUAUAUAUAUAUAUAUUUUUUUUAAAGACAUUUUCACUAGAUGACAUGAAUAGCUGUUUGGAAAGACUUUGGAUGACUCACUGUGACCACAGUGUACAGUGAUCCCUCAUUUUUCGUGGUUAAUGGGGACCAGAACCUGCCUCGAUAUGUGUGUGUUCAAUGUAUUUAUUCAGAUUGAGCAUUGGAAAGAGAUACAUUUAAGACAUGUUUUUUCACUUUUUUCCCUAAAGUAUGACUUGAAAACUUGUAUAUAUAUUUUAAUAAAUGGUUUUUAAGUACUUCAAAUGUAAUAAUUAAGAUCAGUUUUAAACAACUGUCCCACCGAAUCAUUGUUAAGCAAGAAUAAAGCACCGUAGUAGAAAAAUGCUUGGCUUUAUUAAAUGCUUCUGUUUACCUACCUUGGAUGUGACUCUUCGAGUGACAUGUAGAAAUUACAAACUCAUGAUCACUUGUGGCGUUUUUUUGCCACAACACAACAGGUCCGGCUGUCUUGAACCUCUCCCCGCACACACACAUUCAUUCCAGCCCGCGCUUCAUUGCCGCUGCAACUAUUUAACAAGUUAAACAAUGAUUGACAGGUGUAAAGUCACUCCUCUGGCAACAUCAAAGAAAACCAGCUUUCAACAUCGUUAACUUUAAUAAGCAAGUGCCGCAGUGACUCAGGACCAAAGAGCUGAGGGAGGGAGGGAGGCUAUGCGACAUUUGUGGAUUAAGGAAUAAAAAAACUACCGCACGUCCUUGCGAUGGGACUAUCGCGCAUGCGCACAUCCCGAUGGCGAUGUUUAAACGAUAUAUCGUUCAGGCUUACCACAAACCCAAACUUUUUGGCAAAGUGUUUUUAUAAGGCAAUGCGACGAAACAAACUAGGAAGUACCACUUAGAACCUGGGAAUGAAAUAUGCGUUGCAUGGUGUUAUCUAUAAUAUGUUACGACAGAUAAGUGAAUCAAGGAAAUCUAGACCAUCUGGAAAAACGGCAUUCUAGUUGUGAACAAAGAUAAACUUAAAUCAUCUUGCAUUUGAAUAUGAAAGUGAAUUUCCCGUGCCAUUGCUAACAAAAACACGAAACUUUCCCUCCACAACAUUGGGAAGUUCCCAUCUGCGUUUACAUAGUUUUCAGUUGUGGCCGUACCACUCCAAAUGUAAAACUAGGCCUGCAAGCAGGACUGAACGGGCCCUCGCAAUCUAGCGCAACUCGGACGUCACGCAACUCGGACUGUGUGCAGGUCAGGGUGGUGGCAGAUCCUUCUCUCUAAUCAUCUCAUUAGAACCUAACAUUCCCGAAAGUCGCCUAUUUACAUUCCCACACCCAACAGAUAAAAACCCCUAUUGGAGAGAGUACUACAAA